AUGCAAAAGCUGCUUGCGAGGGACGAUAUCAAUGUGAAUAUAAGGUCAAAGAAGCAGACAGCUCUGGAGGCCGCUUUAGAACAUGGGCACCAGGAUAUAGUUAAGCUCCUGUUUGCGAAAAAUGACCUGGACUUGACAAAAUUUUCCGUUGAUCAGUCUUUACGUCGGGCUUAUAAGUUUUGCCACUUUGAACUCGUGCAAGUUUUACUGGCCUGGGCAUGCAGUAAAUUCCCUAGUCGAACUCCUUUAUCGUGGUCUGCAGAGCAUGGUCAAACAGAUGUAUUGAAUGUUUUACUUUUGAGCGAGGAUGGCGAUACGAGCUUAAUAGCAAACUCAAAGGAUCCCGGUGGUCGGACACCGCUCUCACUAGCCGCAGAGAAUGGCCACGUCAAUACUGUGAGAAUUCUAAUCAAAAAGGAUGCAGAUGCAAAUCUCCAAGAUAGUGAUGGCCGGACGCCGCUCUGGCAGGCCGUGGAGAAUGGGCAUGAGGGUGUUGUAGAGGUACUCACGCCAGACGACACUACCACAUUACUUCUCCUGACGCAACAAGGAAAACAAGCCGCUGCGAUAAAGUUGAUGCCGCACGAAGGUCUCAGACUUGACCAGAAAGAUGGACAAGGCCGAACUGCUUUGCAUCUGGCGGCGCUGUUGGGGCACAAUGACAUCGCAAGACAUCUUCUAUUGCUACAAAACGCCGAGAAAAUAAUCAACUGCAAAGAUCAUACUGGAGAAACACCGCUUCGAUUAGCCAUCAGAGGAAAGCAUAAGAUCAUUGUUCAAGAGUUGCUCAAUCAUAAAGCAGAUUCCAAAGAUAUCGAGGCGAAGGAGUGGCGUGAGGCAUAUAACAAACCAGAAUACGAUACCAUUUUGUUGUCCAAAAAAAGAGAGGGAGAGCAAAAUCUUGAUUUUCCCGCAACAAUUUUGUCCCGCGAAGAACUAUCAAAGACUUCUACUACAUUCACAAGUCGACUCUAG